CGGUCUUAUUUGAUAACACUGGUAGUUGGGGUGUUCUUAUCAUGGAACCUUCUUACUUACUACUUACUUACCAACAAACACCCUCAAAAGAAAGCAGGUGAUAUACAACCUCUUUUAGAUAUCAAAUUAUCAAAAUUAGAAAUUGAAAUAAACUCACAGUUAAGAGAAAAUCAGAAAUUACUGGAUGAUUUAAAACAGUUGAAAAAUAAAGCUCAAAAAGAAGCUUCUAAAGUCAGUGAUGAAAAGCUAUCAUUAGGAACAGAAGUCUUACCAAUUUUAAUGUUUGCUUGUAAUAGAGUGACUGUAAGUCGAAGUUUAGACAGACUUUUAAAAUAUAGACCAGAUGCUAAGAAAUUUCCCAUCAUAGUGACCCAAGACUGUGGUCAUCAGGCAACUGCUACAGUUAUACAGAAAUAUGUUUCUGCUCAUGGCAUCAUUCAUAUAAAGCAACCAGAUGUAAGUGAUAUAAAGCUACCAUGGCCACAGAGAAAGUUUGCUGGUUAUUAUAAGAUAUCAAGACAUUAUAAAUGGGCUUUAGAUCAAGUCUUUCAUAAAUUUAAUUUUUCAACAGUUAUCAUAGUUGAAGAUGAUCUUGACAUAUCACCUGAUUUUUAUGAGUAUUUCGCAGCCACAUAUCCUCUGUUACACCUAGAGAAAGAGUUAUGGUGUGUGUCAGCAUGGAAUGAUAAUGGCAAGGCUAAUCUAGUAUCAGAAGAACCAGAGAAGUUGUACAGAAGUGAUUUUUUCCCUGGGUUGGGAUGGAUGAUAGAAAAAUCAUUAUGGUUAGAACUUGGACCAAAAUGGCCUCAAGCAUUCUGGGAUGAUUGGAUGAGACACCCUGAUCAGAGAAAAGGUCGAGAGUGUAUUAGACCAGAAAUUUGUAGAACCAGUACUUUUGGUAAAAAGGGUGUUAGCAAUGGUUUAUUCUAUGAAAAACAUUUAAAAUUUAUCAAGUUAAAUGAACAGCUUGUGCCUUUUUCUAAAAUGGAUCUUUCUUAUUUAAAAAAGGAGAGAUAUGAUACAGAAUUUCUACAAGAAGUAUAUAAUUCACCAGAAAUGACAGUAACAGAGGUGGUUGUAUCAGCUAAUAAACCAAAACUCCAUCCAGUCAGAGUCACCUAUAAAACUAAAGAUGAAUACAAAGCUGCCGCUAAAAAAUUAGGAAUUAUGGAUGAUUAUAAGGCGGGUGUACCAAGAGGAGCCUAUAGGGGUGUUGUUAGUUUUGUAUUCCGAGGGAGAAGAAUCUACUUGUCUCCACCAUCAACUUGGAAAAAUUACGACCCCACAUGGAGCUGACAGCAGGAUAUUGUAGAAGUUUUAAAAGAUUUAAUAUAUUCAAUAUUCAGUGACUAGGCGUGUUUCACAACUUUCAAACAACUUUAGAUACAUGACCAAAUUCAACAAAAUACUACAAAGAUCAUAUCUUUCUUAACAAAAGACAACUGAAUGUAGAAAUCUUGUAGAAAUUGGCAGCUGUACUGUGUAUAUAUAUUUUCAAUUUAUCCCAAAUUGUUUACAACCAAAACAGACAAAAUACAACAUUGAACAGGUUAUCCUAUUACUAUUGGAAGUUUAUUUUGUCGCAAUUUAUCUUAUUCACAGCUUUUCUAAGAAAACAAGGCACUUGAUGAUGUUAUUCUAUUACACAUGGUAGUAUAUUUGUUGGAAUAUCUGAAGUGAUUUGAAAGAUGUUAAACAAGUCUUCAUGUAUGAUUGUUUUAUUGUACGAGUGAACAGAGAAUUUAUUUUGUUAUAGUAUGGUUGUUAAUUGUUUAUAUUGUAUAGUGGUAAAAACUGUUCAAUUCUAAUUGUGAUAUAAUGUUGAUAAUAUCAGUAGUAACUUGUUCAAUUCUUCGUAAAUCACUUUUUAAUCAAUGUACAAAUGUAGUAGUCUUUGAGAAAACUAAGACCAAAUAUAAUAAGUAAUAACCAAUAGUGUACAAAACCUGAAAUCUACAUCAAAAUGCAAAUUGCUGCUCCCAAUUUUUGUGGAGACUAAAUAAGAACCAUCUGAGACAAAAUACCAAAUAUAUUACAAUAUUUAUUUUAAUAAGACCAAAGUGAUCAUUACUGA